AUGUCUCCCGUACAGGUUGUCAUUUUCGUUCUAACGAGGAUUUUCCUACUAUUUUUUAGGUUGAUUAAAAUAAUUGUAACCCCUAUUCAAAAACCGCUUGGUUACUUAUUCGGUGAUUAUUUCGAGGAAUUAGAUCGUAAACACGGGUUCAAGGAGGACUGGUAUAUUAUCCCUUACUUUUUGAAAGGUGUAUUUUGUUAUAUUCUUUCUGUGAGAAGACACAGGUUCCAAAACUGGUACCUGUUUAUUAAGCAGGUCCAACAAAAUGGUGACCAUCCAGCUAUUAGUUACGCCCGUCCCUUGGCUGAAAAGGGUGAAUUUCAAUUAGAAACUUACACAUACAGUGAAACUUACGAUAUAGUGUUAAGACUAUCCCAUAUCUUGCAUUCUAACUAUAAUGUUCAAGCCGGUGACUACGUGGCAAUUGAUUGUACUAAUAAACCCCUUUUCGUAUUCUUAUGGCUUUCCAUGUGGAACAUUGGUGCCAUUCCAGCUUUCUUGAAUUACAACACUAAGGGUACUCCGUUGGUGCACUCUCUAAAAAUUUCCAAUAUUACGCAGGUGUUUAUUGACCCUGAUGCCAGUAAACCAAUUAGUGAGUCGGAAGAAGAAAUCAAGAACGCACUUCCCAAUAUUAAACUAAAUUAUUUCGAGGAACAAGACUUGAUGCGUCAACUUUUGAACCCACAAUCACCCGAAUUCUUACAAGAAGAUGACGUAAGGACACCAUUAAGUCUAACUGAUUUCCAACCUUCCAUGUUAAUUUACACGUCUGGGACAACAGGCUUGCCCAAAUCUGCCAUUAUGUCUUGGAGGAAAUCUUCUGUAGGUUGUCAAAUGUUUGGUCAUGUUCUACAUAUGAAUAACGAAAGUACUGUUUUUACAGCCAUGCCAUUGUUCCAUUCCACUGCUGCAUUAUUGGGUGCAUGUGCAAUCCUGUCCAAAGGUGGUUGCAUUGCUUUAUCGCAUAAGUUCUCUGCGAGUACGUUUUGGAAGCAAGUCUAUUUAACAGAAGCUACGCAUAUUCAAUACGUCGGUGAAGUGUGUAGGUACCUUUUACAUACUCCAGUUUCCAAAUACGAAAGGAUGCAUAAGGUGAAGGUUGCUUACGGUAACGGCUUGAGACCUGACAUUUGGCAAGAUUUCAGAAAAAGGUUCAAUAUAGAAGUUAUCGGUGAAUUUUAUGCCGCAACGGAAGCUCCUUUCGCCACAACCACGUUUCAAAGGGGUGAGUUUGGAGUUGGUGCUUGCAGAAACUACGGUACCAUCAUUCAAUGGUUUUUGUCGUUUCAACAAACACUGGUGAGAAUGGAUCCAAAUGACGAUUCUGUUAUUUAUAGGAACUCUAAGGGUCUCUGUGAAGUGGCCCCUGUUGGCGAGCCAGGUGAAAUGUUAAUGAAAAUUUUUUUCCCUCGAAAGCCAGAAACCUCAUUCCAAGGGUAUCUUGGUAAUGCCAAGGAGACAAAAUCAAAGGUUCUGAGGAAUGUUUUCAAACACGGCGAUGCCUGGUAUAGAUGCGGUGAUCUGCUGAAAGCUGAUAAGUAUGGACUAUGGUAUUUUCUUGAUAGAAUGGGUGACACUUUUAGGUGGAAAUCCGAAAAUGUUUCUACCACCGAGGUAGAAGAUCAGUUAACUGCCACUAACAAAGAGCAAUACGCGCAAGUUGUUGUGGUUGGUAUCAAAGUACCUAAAUAUGAAGGUAGAGCAGGUUUUGCCGUGAUUAAGUUAGUCGAUAACUCUAUUGAUAUUGCCACAAAGAUUCGGCUUUUAAACGAUUCUUUAAGCCGAUUAAGUCUACCGUCUUAUGCAAUGCCAUUGUUUGUUAAAUUUGUGAAUGAAAUCAAGAUGACCGAUAAUCACAAAGUUUUGAAAAAGCUUUAUAGAGAGCAAAAAUUACCAAAGGGUUUAGAUGGAAAUGACACCAUUUUUUGGCUAAAAAAUUAUAAACGUUAUGAAGUCUUAACUACUGAAGAUUGGGAAGCCAUUGAUGCUCAAACAAUAAAAUUAUAA